GACCUGCUGGUGGGUCAGUGGGAAAAGUCCUGGACUCUUGGACAUCUGGCCUGAGCAGCACUAUUUGAGGAAGGGCAGGGGAAUGAUUCCUACUUUCCUGCCGAAGCCUCAGCUUUGGGAAAACAGCACCCAGAAGUUUGGUUCCCGGCCUGGUACUGCCUGGGGAUCAGGCAGAGGCUCCAGACACCUGCCCCCGGUCCACACUGCCUACCUCUCAAUUAUAAGCAAGGGCUAGAUGGUACAGAAUACCUACCAGUGGGCCCUGGACCAAGGCUGUGAUUGGCCUGAGCCGGACAAUGCCACUGUGAUGUCGGCCCACUCCUGCUGUGAAAUGGAGGCUCCUGAUCCCUGGGGGUCAGUGGAGCUGCCGUCCAGACACAGAUCAUGAGUGGCGGGUAUGAUCUCAACCUCUUCGCCAGCCCUCCCGACUGCAGCUUCCUGUGCUCCGUAUGCCACGGGGUUCUCAAGAGGCCAGUGAGGCUGCCAUGCAGCCACAUCUUCUGCAAGAAAUGCAUCCUCCGGUGGCUAGCCAGACAAAAGACCUGUCCGUGCUGCAGGAAAGAAGUGAAACGGAAAAAGAUGGUCCAUGUAAAUAAACUUCGGAGGACCAUUGGCCGCUUGGAAGUCAAGUGCAAGAACGCAGAAGCUGGCUGCUUAGUGACAUGCCCCCUGGCCCAUCGCAGGGGGCACCAGGACUCCUGCCCUUUUGAGCUGAUGGCUUGUCCCAACGAGGGCUGCCCGGCACGGGUGCCGCGUGGGGCCCUGGCCGAGCACCGGCAGCACUGCCAGCACGGGGCCCGGCAGCACUGCCCACUGGGCUGUGGGGCCACUCUGGGCCCGGUGGAGCGUGCCCACCACAACUGCUACCAGGAGCUGCGUGAGGCCUGGAGCCAGCGGCAGGAGCGCAGCCGGAGCCUGGUGCUGGGCCUCCUGCGGCGUGUGCGCAAGGUGCACCACGCCACCAACUUCAUCCGCAGGCAGCUGGCCCAGCUCCGGGACUUCCUGCGGGAGGACGACGCGCUGAUCGUGGGCACCCCGCAAGAGGAGACUGAGGCCACCCCAGAAGGCAGCACUGGGGCCGAGGUGUGGGGAGCCCCGGGCUUAGGUACCUUGUAAUUAGAGACGUAAAUAAACGCGGAGCCCAGGCCUGGCCCCCCCCCUACCA